CAAAGGAUAUAGCAAAAGGCUUUUCUUUAGCCGAGAGGGACCCGGGUUUGUCUUGAGUGCCCUUGGGCCUAGAAACCCUCGGGGCACCUGAGGGCUCGGUAGAGGCAGGGCCACGAUAGCGCCACCCCCGGUUUCCUCUCCCCGCCCCAGCGGUGUGGAACUCUGGUUGGCUUGCCUUGCACGUCACACUUUGGUUGUAUCAUUUUGAAAAGUCCUGACCUCCUCCCGCCCGGCCCGAUUUGGAUAACUCACUGAAGCUGUUUGAGGAGCAAGACAGCUUGGAAGCUGCAGCUUUAGCGGACACCACCAGACUGGUCCGGCGCUGUGGAUCCUGUGCUUGGGCGAGAUGCGGAGCAGGAGCAAUUCUGGGGUCCGCCUGGAUGGGUACGCGAGAUUGGUGCAGCAAACCAUCCUGUGUUACCAGAGCCCAGUCACUGGCCUGUUAUCAGCGAGCCAUGAUCAGAAGGAUGCCUGGGUACGAGACAACAUCUAUAGCAUAUUGGCUGUUUGGGGCCUGGGCAUGGCCUACCGCAAAAAUGCUGACCGCGAUGAGGAUAAAGCCAAGGCCUAUGAGUUGGAACAGAAUGUAGUGAAGCUGAUGCGAGGUCUCCUCCAGUGCAUGAUGAGACAGGUGGACAAAGUGGAGAAGUUCAAGCACACCCAGAGUACCAAGGACAGUCUCCAUGCCAAGUACAACACUGCCACCUGCAGCGUCGUGGUGGGUGAUGACCAGUGGGGCCACCUCCAGAUGGAUGCCACCUCCCUCUUCAUCCUCUUCCUGGCCCAGAUGACUGCCUCAGGCUUACGUAUUAUUUUCACCCUUGAUGAAGUGGCCUUCAUACAGAAUCUUGUGUUUUACAUUGAAGCUGCAUAUAAAGUUGCUGAUUAUGGAAUGUGGGAACGUGGAGAUAAGACUAAUCAGGGCAUUCCAGAACUAAAUGCAAGCUCUGUGGGAAUGGCCAAGGCAGCACUUGAGGCAAUUGAUGAACUAGAUCUUUUUGGAGCCCACGGGGGACGCAAAUCGGUGAUCCAUGUCCUACCUGAUGAAGUGGAACACUGCCAGUCAAUCCUUUUCUCCAUGUUGCCAAGAGCAUCAACAUCGAAAGAAAUUGACGCUGGACUUCUUUCUAUCAUUUCUUUUCCGGCCUUUGCAGUGGAAGAUGUGAACCUUGUGAAUGUGACCAAAAAUGAAAUUAUUUCCAAGCUUCAGGGGCGUUACGGAUGCUGUCGCUUCCUUCGAGAUGGUUAUAAAACACCAAGAGAGGACCCACACCGAUUGCACUAUGACCCUGCUGAACUUAAGCUCUUUGAAAACAUUGAAUGUGAAUGGCCUUUGUUCUGGACUUACUUAAUCAUAGAUGGAAUCUUCAAUGGCGAUGCUGUUCAGGUCCAAGAAUACCGAGAAGCCCUGGAGGGAAUAUUAAUCAGAGGCAAAGAUGGAAUCCACUUGGUACCGGAACUCUAUGCCAUCCCACCAGACAAGGUGGAUGAAGAGUAUAAGAACCCACACACAGUAGACCGAAUUGCACUGGGGAAGGUGCCUCAUCUUUGGGGACAGUCCUUGUACAUCCUGAGCUCACUGCUGGCAGAGGGAUUCCUUGCCACUGGUGAAAUUGAUCCCUUAAAUAGAAGAUUUUCGACUUCAGUCAAACCUGAUGUUGUAGUACAAGUUGCUGUCUUGGCAGAGAACAGUCACAUUAAGGGGCUGUUGCAACACCAUGGGGUAAAUGUCCAGAGCAUUGCUGAUGUGCAUCCAAUUCGAGUUCAGCCAGGCCGGAUUCUUAGUCAUAUAUAUGCCAAACUUGGACGAAAUAAGAAUAUGAAAUUGAGUGGUCGACCAUAUCGGCACAUUGGUGUUCUUGGUACCUCCAAACUCUAUGUAAUUAGGAACCAGAUCUUCACUUUUACACCCCAGUUCACUGACCAGCAUCAUUUCUACCUGGCCUUGGACAACGAGAUGAUUGUGGAGAUGCUGAGGAUCGAGCUGGCUUAUCUGUGCACCUGCUGGCGGAUGACUGGCCGCCCCACACUCACCUUCCCUGUCACACACACCAUGCUCACAAGUGAUGGAACUGACAUUCAUCCUGCAGUUCUUUCUACAAUUAGAAAACUGGAAGAUGGAUAUUUUGGAGGUGCUAGAGUAAAACUGGGGAACCUGGCAGAGUUCCUCACCACUUCAUUCUACACAUACCUGACCUUCCUGGAUCCGGACUGCGAUGAGAAGUUGUUUGAUGACACCAGUGAUAGGAACUUUAGUCCUGACAGCGAGUCAGACCUGGGAGGAUACUUGGAAGAUAGCAGUCACCAAGAAAGCCAAGAUGAACUUGACCAGUAUAUCGACCACCUUCUUCAGAGCACAUCCUUGAAGUGCUACCUGCCUCCUCUUUGUAAGAAGUCGGAAGACAGCCACGUAUUCAGUGCUAUCCACUCCACUCGGGACAUCCUUUCUGUGAUGGCCAAAGCGAAGGGUUUGGGAACUCCAUUUUUCCCCAUGACUUUGCCAACUAAAGUUCUAAGUGGACACCGUAAAUCACUGAAUCUUGUUGACUCCCCUCAGCCACUCCUAAAAAAGACUCCUGAAUAUGACUACCAGUGGCCCAGAGAUGACUGUGGUGAAAUGGACUGUGAGAAACUAGUUGGGCAACUGAAAGACUGCUCAAACCUACAGGACCAAGCAGACAUUCUGUACAUCCUUUAUGUAAUAAAGGGUCCCAGCUGGGAUACCAAUCUGUUUGGACAGCAUGGAGUCACUGUUCACUGUCUUCUCAGCGAACUCUAUGGAAAAGCUGGCCUAAACCAAGAAUGGAGUUUGAUUCGCUACAUUUCAGGCCUGCUCAGGAAGAAAGUAGAGGUCCUGGCUGAGGCCUGUGCAGAUCUGCUGUCCCACCAGAAGCAGCUUACAGUAGGCCUGCCCCCUGAGCCACGGGAGAAGACUAUCUCCACGCCUCUUCCCCCAGAAGAGCUCACAAAACUCAUCUAUGAAGCCAGUGGACAGGACAUCAGCAUUGCUGUCCUCACACAGGAGAUCGUGGUUUACCUGGCUAUGUAUGUCCGGGCCCAGCCUAGCCUCUUUGUAGAGAUGCUCAGACUCCGGAUUGGAUUGAUCAUCCAGGUAAUGGCCACAGAGCUGGCUCGGAGCCUGAACUGCUCAGGAGAAGAAGCUUCCGAGAGUUUGAUGAACCUCAGCCCCUUUGACAUGAAGAACCUCCUGCAUCACAUCCUGAGUGGGAAGGAGUUUGGUGUGGAGAGAAGCGUGCGCCCAAUUCACUCUUCCACAUCCAGCCCUGCCAUCUCCAUCCAUGAGAUGGGUCAUACCGGAGUCACCAAGACUGAGAGGAGCGGCAUUACCAGACUGAGGAGUGAGAUGAAACAGAGGUCGAGUAACCCAUCCUCCCCGACGGGCACAUCAUCUACAGACUCCGGAGGACAGCACAUGGCCUGGGGAGAGCAGCAGGGCCAAUGGCUACGCAGGAGAAGGCUGGAUGGGGCAAUCAACAGGGUACCCAUGGGAUUCUACCAGAGAGUGUGGAAGAUCCUUCAGAAGUGCCAUGGUCUAUCCAUUGACGGUUACGUCCUACCAUCCUCAACAACCCAAGAGAUGACCCCCUGUGAGAUCAAGUUUGCCGUCCAUGUGGAGUCAGUGCUCAACCGUGUGUCCCAGCCAGAGUAUCGGCAGCUGCUGGUAGAAGCCAUCAUGGUGCUGACCCUGCUCUCAGACACAGAAAUGGGCAGUAUUGGGGGCAUCAUCCAUGUGGACCAGAUUGUGCAGCUGGCCAAUCAGCUGUUCCUGCAGGACCAGGUGUCAUUUGGGGCCACAGACAUCUUGGAAAAAGACCAAACCACAGGAAUUUGCCACUUGUUUUAUGACAGUGCCCCUAGUGGGGCUUACGGUACAAUGACCUACCUAACGAAAGCAGUGGCAUCUCAUUUGCAGGAACUGCUGCCCAAUUCAGGCUGCCAGAUGCAAUAGAGCCGUACCCAAAAACAUGA